AUGACAGCAGCAAGAAGACGAGCAAAAAAAGCAACCACAGAAUAUUUCUCUGAUUCUGUAAGUUUUUAAGAUACUAUAUACAUUGUAUGUCUAUAUAGGUAAAGGUUGUGUCACAAUCUUCAAUUGCAUGGUUCCAACUUGCUGGCUUCUCCCACCAUGCCAUGUUUAUAUUAUUUGAUUGCAUGGAUGGAUUUUUAUUGUGGUCAGUAGAUAGCUGUGUUAGGCCCCCUCGACACGUAUAGGUAUACUUUCUUGUCGGUUUGGGCCUUGGUCCACCCGUUUUGGGAUACCCAAUAAAACGGAGACAUUCGAAAACGUUUUCCAUAAAGUGUAGAGCGAUUCGAAAACGCUGGCUCCUCAACAAGGUUCCUCACGCUGAGGACAAGGUUCCUUACGCUGAGGACAAGCUUCCUCACACUGAGGACAAGGUACUUCACACUGAGGACAAGGUACCUCACACUGAGGACAAGGUUCCUCACGCUGAGAACAAUGUUCCUCACGCUGAGGACAAGGUUCCUCGCGCUGAGGACAAGGUUCCUCACGCUGAGGACAAGGUUCCUCACCCUGAGGACAAGGUACCUCACAUUGAGGACAAGGUACCUAACACUGAAACAAGGUACCUCACCCUGAGGACAAGGUUCCUCACGCUGAGGACAGGGUUCCUCAAGCUGAAGACAAGGUACCUCACACUGAAGACAAGGUACUCACACUGAGGACAAGGUACUUCAGACUGAGGACAAGGUUCCUCACGCUGAGGACAAGGUUUCUCACCCUGAGGCCAAGGUACCUCACAUUGAGGACAAGGUACCUAACACUGAAACAAGGUACCUCACCCUGAGGACAAGGUUCCUCACGCUGAGGACAAGGUACCUCACGCAGAGGACAAGGUUCCUCACGCUGAGGACAAGGUACCUCACAUUGAGGACAAGGUACUUCACGGUGAGGACAACGUUCCUCACGCUGAGGACAAGGUUCCUCACGCUGAGGACAAGGUUCCUCACGCUGAGGACAAGGUUCCUCAAGCUGAGGACAAAGUACCUCACAUUGAGGAAAAGGUACUUCACACUGAGGACAAGGUUCCUCAAGCUGAGGACAAGGUACCUCACACUGAGGACAAGGUACCUCACGCUUAGGACAAGGUUCCUCACGCUGAUGAAAAGGUUCCUCAAGUUGAGGACAAGGUUCCUCACGCUGAGGACAGGGUUCCUCAAGCUGAGGACAAGGUACCUCACAUUGAGGACAAGGUACUCACACUGAGGACAAGGUAUGUCAGACUGAGGACAAGGAUCCUCACGCUGAGGACAAGGUUCCUCACGCUGAGGACAAGGUACCUCAAACUGAGGACAAGGUUCCUCAAACCGAGGACAAGGCACGUCACACAGAGGACAAGGAUCCUCACGCUGACGACAAAGUUCCUCACGCUGAGGAAAAAGUACCUCAUAUUGAAGACAAGGUACCUCAAGCUGAGGACAAGGUACCUCGCAAUGAGGAGAAGGAUCCUCACACUGAAGACAAGGUUCCUCACACUGAGGACAAGGUUCCUCAGGAUGAGGCCAAGGUACCUCACACUGAGGACAAGGUUCCUCACGCUGAAGACAAGGUUCCUCACGCUGAGGACAAGGUUCCUCACGCUGACGACUAGGUUCCUCACGCUGAGCACAAGAUUCCUCACGCUGACGACAAGGCUCCUAUCGCUGAGGACAAGGUACCUCACCCUGAGGACAAGGUUCCUCACGUUCAGGACAUGGUUCCUCACGCUGAAGACAAGGUUCCUCACGCUGAGGACAAGGUUCCUCACACUGAGGACAAGGAUCCUCACGCUGAGGACAAGGUACCUCACAGUCUCACACGCAGGACAAGGUUCCUCAAGCUGAGGACAAGGUUCCUCACGCUGAGGACAGAGUUCCUCACACUGAGGACAAGGUUCAUCACGCUGAGGACAAGGUACCUCACAGUCUCACACGGAAGACAAGGUUCCUCAAGCGGAGGACAAGGUUCCUCAAACUGAGGACAAGGUUCCUCAAACCGAGGACAAGGCACCUCACACAGAGGACAAGGUUCCCCAAUAUGAGGACAAGGUACCUCACGCUGAGGACAAGGUUCCUCACACUGAGGACAAGGUUCCUCACGCUGAGGACAAGGUACCUCACAGUCUCACACGGAGGACAAGGUUCCUCAAGCUGAGGAGAAGGUUCCUCACGCUGAGGACAGAGUUCCUCAUGCUGAGGACAAGGUACCUCACACUGAGGACAAAGUACCUCACAGUCUCACACGGAGGACAAGGUUCCUCAAGCGGAGGACAAGGUUCCUCAAACUGAGGACAAGGUUCCUCAAACCGACGACAAGGCACCUCACACAGAGGACAAGGUUCCUCAAUAUGAGGACAAGGUACCUCACGCUGAGGACAAGGUUCUUCACACUGAGGACAAGGUUCCUCACACUGAGGACAAGGUUCCUCACGCUGAGGACAAGGUUCCUCAAGCUGAGUACAAGGCACCUCACACUGAGGACAAGGUACCUCAAACUGAUGACAAGGUACCUCACACUGAGGACCAGGUGCCUCACGAUGAGGACAAGGUUCCUCACGCUGUGGAAAAGGUUCCUCACGUUGAGGACAAGGUUCCUCACGCUGAGGACAGGGUUCCUCAAGCUGAGGACAAGGUACCUCACAUUGAGGACAAGGUACCUCAGACUGAGGACAAGGUACCUCAGAUUGAGGACAAGGUUCCUCACGCUGAGAACAAGGUUGCUCACGCUGAGGAAAAGGUACCUCAAACUGAGGACAAGGUUCCUCAAACCGAGGACAAGGUACGUCACACUGAGGACAAGGAUCCUCACGCUGAGGACAAUGUUCCUCACGCUGAAGGAAAAUUACCUCACAUUGAGGACAAGGUACCUCAUGCUGAGGACAAGGUACCUCGCACUGAGGACAAGGUUCCACACACUGAAGACAAGGUUCCUCACACUGAGGACAAGGUUCCUCAGGCUGAGGACAAGGUACCUCACACUGAGGACAAGGUUCCUCACGCUGAAGACAAGGUUCCUCACGCUGAGAACAAGGUUCCUCACGCUGAGCACUAA